UCUUCCUCCCUCGCUUUGCAUUUGUGGGAGGGAGCCUGGUGCACACAUUAAUAUUCCCACUGCUGACAGGAGGCACAUUCAGUGAGAUCUGAGCAAGAUGCAGCCCCUGUCCCUGCUGUAUGGGAGCUAUCAGAGAUCCUGACUGCAGGUACCUGGAUUUAUCAGCCAGGGCAGCAUCCUGGAACAUUACCCCCUAGGUGGAAUUACAAAUUAAGGCCGCUGGGGAUUUGAGACACUGGCUAUAGAACGCUGCAGCAGUGUGAGCCAUGGCAGAGGUAAAGUGCAGCAGCAGCACUGGGUCUCCCACUACUAAUGGGCUGGUGGCAAAUGCAGAGCUGGAGGUGAAGAAGCUGCAAGAGCUGGUGAGGAAGCUGGAGAAGCAGAAUGAGCAGCUGAGGAACCGAGCCAGUGCCGUGAGCAACUGUACGCCAAGCCCACACCUGCUGCUGCAGCAUCAGCAUCCUCCUUCUGUGGUGCAUCAGUCAGGGACAUGCAUCCUCUCUUCCCCUGUGCUCACACGGCCCGCAGGGCUCUGCCUUCCCAGUCCCGUGCCCACCUUGCUGUGCACUUCAGCAGUGGCCGGCAGCCUGUUUUCCCCAGAAUCCUUGGGCUGUUUUAGUACCAACAAAAGGCUGCAUUUGUCCUGCAUCAAUGCUGCAGAGGGGCCCCAAAAUGACUGCACAGUUCCAGGAUCUACCCUACUGGAUGAGGUGCAGGUCCUGGAUCUGGAAGACGGGUAUUGCAGUGGCGAUGAGGAUACCUGGUUAUAUGUCUCACCUACAAAGGAUCAGAGGACAUUUGACUCAUCCGUGAGUCCACUGCAGUGGUGUAGGCAAGUUCUGGACCAUCCAUCGCCUGAGAUAGAAGCAGCUAAGCGAUCCCUGUGCUUCAGACUAGAGCAAGCUGGUCGAUGGAGGAGUCUCUUUUCCACUCCUGUAUCCAUGUCUUUUCCUUAUAGUCCUGUUGCGAGACUCACUCCAUAUUGCAACACUCCCAGCGUCCUUAAAAACACAACUAAAGCAAUACUAACACCUGAGAAAACAGGUUACACUGUAAAGACUUCCCAUCUGAGCCCCCAGUCUUCAGUAGACAGUGAACUGAGUACGUCUGAGCUAGAAGAUGAUUCCAUCUCUAUGGGAUACAAACUACAAGAUCUCACAGAUGUUCAGAUCAUGGCUAGAUUACAGGAAGAAAGCCUUAGGCAAGACUUUGCAACUACCUCUACCUGCAGUUCAGUAUCACGGCCUCGCUCCAGCUUUUCACUGUAUUCUGGGAAGAAACUAUCAUGCUCUAGUGAUCAGGAUUCAGAUCGCUAUAGUGUUGAAGAAGAUGAUGAAGAUUUUGAUCAUUUGCCACCACCUCAGCCUCGACUGAGCCGUUGCUCUCCACUCCAGAGAGGCCUUUCUCAUUCUCAGACUUUUUCUAGCAUUAGAGAUUGCAGGAAGAGUCCAAGCUCCCAAUUUUUAAAUGGAUAUCAGCAAUAUAACUAUUCCUCUCAGCCUCAAACAACAGAGCAGUCACAAAGCAGGACAAAUGCAGAUAAACUCCGCAGAAGUAUGCCUAAUUUGGCUCGAAUGCCAAGUACAAAUAAUAACCCUGUUGUGUCAAUGACCACUGUGCGCAACAGCCAGAGCUUUGAUUCCAAUCUGCAUGGUGCAGCAAAUGGAGUUUCCAGAAUGCAGUCCAGUAUUCCUUCUCCAGGCCAGCUUCAGCAAAGAGUACACAGUGUAGGCCAUUUUCCAGUGUCUGUAAGACCCCCUCUGAAAGCCACUGCCUACGUCAGCCCGACUGUGCAAGGUGGAAGUGGUAUUCCUUCAUCAACCAGUUUACAGUCAUUAUCUAGCUCUGGAAUUCCUAUGCCAAACAAGACCACAAGUGCAGCAACUAUUGGACGCAGUGCUCUUCCAAGGCCAGCAUUAUCAACUGCAAAUGGCAGCAGCAUACCCCGCAGCAAAAUAGCACAGCCACAGAGAAGUUUUCUUCAACCACCGAAAACCUUGGCUUCACUGAGCACGCUGCGAGAUGGAAAUUGGAGGGAUGGAUGCUACUGACAUCUUUUAAAGGAGAGCACCUGUGUAUAAAGAAAGCAAUGAAGAGUUCUACAUGUCCCAGCUGGCUGGGAGAAACAUGUAUAUAACUCUUUGAGAUUUUAUUAUUUGUAAUAUAUGUUUUAUGUCAACAAAUGAUCAUACUGUAGCUCUUACAUGUUUGACGUGAGAUCAUUUCAGAUCAGCUAACUGAAGUUCAGUCCCUCACAUGUGCAAGAUUCUUGAGGAGAAACUGUUGAGGCUCCCUCUGCACGUAUGGGUUCAUACAUCAUGGUAGAACAUACAACAUAUGCAAAGAAUUAUCACUUUGUUCUGAUUUACACAUAGUAAAUCACAUUUUCAACUAACUGAACUUUUUUUAAUGAUAACCAACACAUUCAUGCUAAAAGCGGGGGUUUUUUACACUGAAGUUCUUGGAGCACUGCAAACUAUAAUAUGCCACACUUUUUUCAUUUUUGCUUUUGUUUUAUUAAAGGCAAGUACAUACAGACGCAAAAUUUGUGACACUGAACAAAGCUCAAAAUGCUGCUUAAUGAUUUGUGCCAUAGAUGCCAAUUUAUUUUUGGCAUUAUUAUCAUUUGGUGUGUCUUGGGAACCAACUGGUAAAAUAUCCAUGGGAUAUGUGUGUUUUUUCCUUUUCUCUCUCUUUCCUUUUUGUUUGCAAAAGCACAAGGGUAUAAAGUCACUACAGUUUGCUAUGGAGCCAUCUUAAAACCGUCCUCGUUUUUGUGCAUUUACAUGUUUAUUUAUUUAACUAUUUAAUGAUUUGCAAUCAUUGAAUAUUGAUUGACUUUUUGCAGCUGUACUGUAUUAUCUUCUAACAACAAGGGGAUUUGCUUUUUUAUUAUUAAAACUGGUUUACUUGCUGUCAAAUUCUGGAACAUAAGCUCUUAAAUGGACAGAAAACAUUUUGAUAGGCAUUUUACAAAAUUUUUAUUGCACUAAUGAUUUAAUAUGACUGUAUGAUUUCAUAAUUAUGAAAACUGCAUACUACUGUUUUGGAAUGUUUCAGUAAUAAAGAAUAUUUUCAUCA